AUGCCUACUACUUGGAAUCUGGCAGCUCCCCGACCUGAGGAACAAGUUGGGAACACAUCGUUGGAGACCUUCACAGUGUUACACAAAGAGAAUUGCCACAGACUCGAGUACCUGGUCGAGCGGCAGAAGCAGUUAUGCAUGCUGUCUGAUACUAUGAUUAAGGUUCUUCAAACGGGCGCAGUACAAGCGGUGGAGGAGUGCCAAUACCAGUUCCGCCACAGCAGGUGGAACUGCAGCACAGUGGAGAACUCCACGGAUAUAUUUGGCGGGGUGCUCAAAUUUAAAUCCCGCGAAUCAGCAUUUGUGCAUGCUCUGUCAGCGGCGGCGUUAGCACAUGCCGUUGCACGGGCUUGCAGCCGGGGUGAACUCAAUGAGUGUUCGUGCGACUCACGGGUCAGGAAGCGUACGCCGAGACACUGGCAGUGGGGAGGUUGUUCUGAGGAUAUCAGAUAUGGAGAGAUGUUUAGCAAAGACUUUUCUGAUUCUAAAGAAGAUAAGAAUACUGAUGAAGGCCUCGUGAACCUCCACAACAACGAAGCAGGGCGAAGGGCUGUCCGUAGUCGCAUGCAGCGUGUGUGCAAGUGUCAUGGCAUGUCAGGAUCAUGCUCAGUAAGAGUAUGCUGGCGUCGAUUACCGCAGCUACGGUUUGUGGGUGACGCACUGUCUACAAGAUAUGAGGGAGCUUCGCACGUUAAGGUGGUUGAACGUAAAAGAGGCAAGAACAUUAGGAAAAUCCGACCCCUGCAUUUGGAUAUGAAGAAGCCCAAUAAAACGGAUUUAGUCUAUUUGGAAGACUCACCAGAUUACUGCGAACCUAAUGACGAGUUAGGUAUUCUCGGAACGCGUGGUCGUACUUGCAACAGGACAUCAGCUGGUCUAGACGGUUGUCGUCUUCUAUGCUGCGGUCGGGGUUACCAGACAAGAGUCAGAGACCAUGAAGAGAAAUGCCGUUGCCGUUUUGUAUGGUGUUGCCGAGUUCAUUGCGAAAUUUGUCGAUUUAAACGAGAUCAUCAUGUUUGUAAUUAA